AGCUCCUCGUGGCCAACACUCCCUCACCGGAAGGUGCGGACAUGUGGGGUAUAUAUGCACAAGCUGCCGCACCGACACGGCAUAUAUGUCUCGAAGAUAACGUCCGCCAGCACGGUGGUUCCAUUGACAUUGCCAUUGGACAAAACGGCAUAUUCUGUGGCGAGUGCUGUGGGGUGGGGGAGCAUGGUGGAAAGAGCUCGGCCGGGAGUGAUGUUUCUCCGUCUAUCAACGCAGCACAACUACUCCCGGCGGCAUCACAUCCUCCAGCCAGCCUUCCUCCAGCCUUCCAGCAGCCAGCAGCCAGCUAGGUAGUGUAUUACAUGUGCUCCCUCGUUUCGCAUCACCGACGUUCAUCCCCUUCCCCUCUCCCCAGGGCCCACCAACAUCUCGUUGAACCGAAAUCAUUUCGACAAUCUGGAGGAUACGCAUCGAUGCGAAUCUCUCGUUACCAGCAAAGAACUGCAUCGCAGCAGAACAGAACAGAAUGGGCACGCGAAUCAUGUGAUCGAGUGUUCUGUACAAUACGUGGUUCAGCGACCUCCAGACUCACGCGAAUUUCAGCCAUAGCCUUUCAGCUCAUUGACUCCUUUCCUCGCAAUCUGAAAGCCGCGCGGUGCAGAGGCAAGUUGGACGUCACGGGGUACACAUCAGUAGCAGUAGCAGUGGCAACGGCGCGCGGCGUACCUGCGUACCUGACCAUACCAGCGUACCUGACCUCCGCUUUCCUUCCCUUCCAUUCCCUUGCCUUCCCUUCCCUCUUCUUUCCCUUUCCCUUUUUCUCUCCUACUCCCCUACAUACACACCUUCACACGUUUCGGAAAACCGCACCAGAUCAACUAACGGACCUUGUCAAACCCACUUCCAAAACCGAAACCAACCCGGCUCAGGGGCAGCAUCAGUGCAGCACUCUCAUGUGCAUCAAAUCAGUGCAUCACGCAGGAACAGCACGCAGCAAGAAACGAAGAAACGAACGAGAAAAGAAAAGGAAAAGAAACGAACGAAAAGACAGACAAGAACGAGAAAGAAAAAGAAGAGAAGAAAACUAGAACUUCAUGCAUUUCGUUUCCUACUUCUUUGUACCGUUACGAUAUUGAUUUUUACUUUAUGUAUGCUAUGCUACUUCCCACUUCCCCUUCCUACUUCCUACUGACAUUUACAUAUCCUCCUUC